AUGGCGUUGCCUUCAGAAGAUGGAUCUUGUCACGUUCGUUCAUCAAUUUCCAACGAUGCAAUGACAAUUGCUAUUGACCAGUCUUGUCCCCAGUUUGACAUUGCAUCUGUAAAGCCUCUGCAACGCUUGGCGCUGAGUCAACUUGUCCGAGGUGACGAUGUUCUGGCUUGCCUCCCCACCAGGUUUGGGAAGUCACUGAUUUUUCACCUGCUACCCAACGUCUGCAAGGUUUUGCGAACAGUGGGCUAUUCGAGGGCGUUUGCAAUUGACCCUAUUGUUCUCGUCGUGGUGCCGUUGCUGUCUUUGAUGAAAGGCCAGGUUGCGUACCUGAUCGAGUGCGGUGUUUGUGCUGCUAUGAUAGGCACCAGUCAAGCUACUGACAAGGAGAUAAAAGCUGGAAAGUUUGAAGUCGUAUUUGGAAGCCCUGAAAUUCUAGUUGGACAGAAGACAUGGCGAUUAGCGUUUCAGGAAGGCGUUUUCCGUGAUCAUGUUGUAGCGAUAGUUGCAGACGAAGUUCAUACGGGCGGCCUUGCUAGACCAGAGCUAGUAGAGGAGGAUGAGGAUGAACCGUUUCGUGUCUGGUGCGGUCUUGUUGGAGAGCUAAGGUCUCUGAUGUGCAUGCCAAUUCUAGCCUUGACAGCAACAGCGUCCAAGGCAACACAAGAAAUUGUGAGUUGUUUAGGAAUGUCUGGCAGAUGCUAUGUGAUUACUAAGAGCCCAGAGUGUGAUAACAUCUUCCUAGCUGUGCAGAGAGUACGUUCUGAUGUUGAAGUUACCUUCGAUUUUUUUGCUGAGGCUAGUAAAGUCCAAACAAAUCAACUGUCCAAGGGUUCUUGUCUACUGCCGAACACAGAGUGUGUGCUCCUUACUGUUUACCCAUUUCCACUAUGA